UUUUUUUUUUUCCCUUUCCGAAACGGACAUCGAGAUUCCAGGAGUAGGGGUGCUUGACAAUCGGAGAGAAAUGGGGUCGAACGAAAGAGAUCAGCAUCACCCGCCUCACAUCAGCAGUCUCGUCGUGCGGCCAUCCGGAAGCAACGACGGAGAAAGCGAUCGCCGCGCCGCCGCCGCCGGAGACUAUGACCCCGGAGAUUUCUCCCGUGACCGGCCCUCAUUUGCUCGCUCGGAUCGACACAAGGGUGAAAAUGGACAUAGAACUCGUGCAAGUUCUAGCUCACCAGCCCGUCGUGCAUAUGAGGAUCACCGACAUUCUGAUCAUAAUCAUUCAGGCGCUCCGCCUCGUGGCCGUGACUUGAGCAGCAGAAGGGAAGCAUCUGGGAGACACAGAGACUAUUCACCACCUUAUGCUAGAGGUGGAGCUGGUGCUCGUCCCCAUGGAAGAGGUUUUGAUGGGCCUGGACCUGCAGAUAGCAUGAGCAGAAACAAUAAUCCAAAGGUGCAACCAAGAGAUGGAGAUUGGUACUGUCUAGAUCCAUUAUGCAGAAACUUGAACUUUGCGAGACGAGAAUACUGCAACAAAUGCAAGAGGCAUCGCUAUGUACCAGCCAACAGUCCUCCACCGCUUCGUCAUCUUCCUCCUCCCAUGAAUUUCUCCCCGAGAAGAGACUUCAAUGGCUACAGGUCUCCUCCACCACGUGGCUGGCCCAGAGACUACCCGCCACCUAGACAAGACCAUCCCACAUGGAGAGACAGAGAACGAGAACGAGACCGUUUGCAUUACUCUGACAAUGAGUACCCUCCUAGCAGAAGUUUAGCACCUGACUGGGUCCGUACUGAGCCGCUCCCGAGACCUCACUAUGAGAGACGGCCACCUCCUCUCAGUCCACCGCUUCAUCCACCUCGUGGUGGCAGAUUAGGACGACUUUCAAGAGAGAGAAGCAGAUCGCCGCCAUUGAGACACGGUCCACCACCACCGCCAUUAAGAGGCGGUCCACCACCACCGCCAUUGAGAGGCGGUCCACCAGCACUCAGGGAUUACCACCGUGACAGUUACUUUGAUAGAAGAGGGCGAGACGAUCGGCGUGGUGGCAGAGACAGAAUGGGAAAUUCUUACUGAUACAAAAACUGUGUAUGUCUUGAGAAUGUUGGUUUAGACUUUAGACAAGUUGAAAUUUUUGCCGGAAAAAUCAAAAUGUGACCUUGCAAAUUUUGGUGCUCAACAAAAUGAA